AUAAAAUGUCAAAUUGCUCAACAACUAAAAAUAGAGAGGCUCACAUCAUCGAUUGGAUCUACGAUCAGCAAAAGAUUCUGUCAUUUCAAAAAUACGAAAACUUCCUCAAAAAUAACAGUCCAGCCCACACAAAGAAGCAAUCAGUCACUUCGGGAGCACAGUUCACCAAACAGUUCAAAUUUCCUAAAAGUUGCAUGAAGAAAAGCUUUGCCAUCCAGAGACCUUACAGAGGUUCCAUAAAUGAACUAGAAUUCAACAGUAGAAUGUUCAUGGAUUAUAAAUAACCAAAAGUUAUUUAGAAAAUUUGAACCAAAUAGCCAGGACACAACCCCAACUCAAAGGAAAAUAAAAUGGAAGAAAAACAAAGCCAGAUUCAACAUAGAAAAAGAAAAAGAUCGCUUACUAUCUGAAAUCAAAAAGGGAAAAGAAGAACUCAAAUUAGUAAAUAUUGAUAUCAGCCCAAAAAGAGAACAUAACACAGAAGGAAAAUUACCAAAAGUUCAACCAAAGGUUAAGCAAGUUCUUAACAAUAUGGAGCAUAACGAUUCAAGGCUUUACAGCUUAAAGGUCAAGUCUACAAGGAAGAAUAAAGCUGUCAUCACUAAUCUUGCAUUAUCCAGAAAUGUUUAAAAAUAAAAUCCGAACUCUUAGAAAGAGAAACGGUUGGAAAAGCCAAGCCUGCUCUAACAACACUUCUAGAGAAAACUCUUCUUCAAAAAAGGAGACUCCUCAAGCAAGCAGA